UUGCCACGGCAACACAUAACCUAGCUUAACUAGCGGAGUAUCUGGAACAUGGACGAUUCAAUUCAUCAGACCAUCUCAAGAAGAAGAAUGGAGCUUGGACUUGUACCUCAAAGGGGAUUUUGGUCAUUACUCCUUGCCUUCCUUCUCCCAUGCAUGAACUGCAUAGGAAUUGAUUCCCCCACCUUGGGAAAUGAGACAGAUCGACUGGCCUUGAUCGCAUUCAAGGAUCAGAUAUCCGACGAUCCUUUCCAGGUCUUCAACUCGUGGAACGAUUCCCUCCAUUUCUGCAACUGGGAAGGAAUCACAUGCAGUCGACGGCAUCCUCAAAGGGUCACUUCCUUGAAUCUUGGGUCCCACAGAUUGGUGGGGCUCAUAUCACCUCACGUAGCAAACCUCACCUUCCUGAGAAGUUACAACCUCUCGAGCAACAGCUUCCAUGGAAAAAUCCCACGAGAAAUGGGCAGGCUCUUCCGGCUUCGAGAUCUUAAUCUGAGUUAUAAUAUGCUGCAAGGAGGAAUCCCCGACAAUCUAUCCAACUGCUCGGAACUCAAAUCCAUCCUUUUAAAUAAAAAUGAGCUCCUGGGGAGAAUUCCGGUCGAGCUUAGCUCACUGUCAAAGCUCGUGUCAUUGAAUCUUGGCCGUAACAAUCUCACUGGCAACAUCCCACCGCCACUCGGGAACCUCUCGUCUCUUGUUACUCUCUAUCUAUAUUAUAAUGGUGUGGAAGGAAGCAUCCCAGAGGAGCUAGGACGGCUAGUGAAGUUACAAAAUCUUGAUAUAUAUUCAAAUAAACUGUCUGGUCUCAUCCCACCAUCGCUUUACAACCUUUCAUCCAUCGUUGUUUUCUGUGUGACAUUUAACCGACUUCAUGGAAAGGUUCCAGCCAAUCUAGGUCUCACCCUUCCUAAUCUCAAAUAUCUUCACCUUUCAGAAAAUGCAUUUACGGGGCCAAUACCAGUUUCAUUACCCAAUGCUUCAAGACUUGCUGUUAUUAGUUUUGCUAAUAAUAAUUUUGGCGGACCCGUUCCUGGAAAUUUGGGAAGAUUGCAGGAUCUCUAUAUCCUAUUUGGACUUGGUAAUCAUCUUGGAGGUGGAGAAGGAGAUCAUGACUUGAGUUUCCGCACAUCUUUGACCAAUUGCAGUCAUUUGAAAGUAGUACAUCUCCGUUUCAAUAGACUAAGAGGAGAACUUCCUGCCACCAUUGUCUCUCUACCCACCUAA